ACAGGCCCAAUCGAUGAUGUAUGGUUGAAAAGCCCGUUUAAUAUUGUCCGUAUCGAUAGUGGCACAAUAACCAAUAGAUGAGUAUCAUAAGCUGAGGUGGCGUCGUCACAGCGUUGCUGGCGACAAUGUUUACAAAAGCUGUCCUGAAAAGAUGAAGAAAGGGAACUUGUCUUCCUGUAAUGCUGUCCUUUUUCAUAAAACUAGGAUGAAUACUUCGUACAUUGUAGGAAUUGUAGUUGUGAAAUAGUUUUGUUGGAAUCGAGAGGGAAAAAGACGUAUUGGAUUGAUUCUCAUUCUGAUAAGUAAGGAUUGUAAGAUCAAUGCGAUUAUGAAAUAGUGGUUUGAAGAAACAUGUGGAAAUACAUCAACGAUUGAACUCAUGAAAAAUGUGUGUGCACUAUUAAUACUCUGACAGUUUGCUGCUCGCUGCUCGCCCAUUUCAAAAUGAUAGGUAGAUAUAUAUAAGGGCAGUUGCUCCUGCUUAGGCAUAUUUACGGCGUCUAAUACUUAAUUAUUCCAUUGAUUGUAAAAGACAGUGUGGUCUUCAAUGACGAAUUACUCAGAACCGCUGAUCUCCCUGUCGGUGCUAAUUCUCGUGGUGCUACACAAUGCUCAAGGCCAGUUUUUUGUGACAUUUUAUACUGGAUCCAUUGCCAUGCAACCAGGCUCACAACUUACAAUUAAGAUAACAUAUUAUGUUGGAGAUGACAUCAAGAAGAAUUACGAUCACGGUUUUGCACCUAUCGACACAAACAAUAAAUUCAAUAUCAACGGUGUCAACCAGUUCAUAGUGUACGCUAAUAGAGGUACGAAGUUCUUCCACACGAUAGACAUCAAUUUUACACCGCAGAAUAUAAAUGGACAAUGGUUGCUGAUAAAGGUCAAAGUGGAAUAUGGUUCUACUUCCCAUGAAUUCCCAUGCGAUUGUACAUUUUCUUCUACCAGUACCAGCCGCCAGUUGAGGCAAACGCUACAAGGAGCUUGGACCACGACAGACGACCACCUGCCCUGUAAAAGAAAAAACCCGCUAUGUUCGUGUCCGAUCGGUGAUAUUAUCAUCAACGUCAGUCCACCCAUCACCGGGUGCAGCGGGAGGCAGGACAAAGUCAGAUAUUGCACGAACCCCGCCCCGCAGAAUGGAGGCCUACUCUGCCUCACGGAUAAGGGAGUAAGAGCGGAGGUGCUGAUAACGGCAAAGGACAAAGACUGUGAUAUCCAUUGCACCACUGCCACGGAUCGAGUCGAUGGUGCCUGGGGAAAUUGGGGAGCGUGGAGCGCUUGCGAUGUAACUUGUGGCAACGGUGUACGCCUCAGGAAAAGAUUAUGCGACAACCCAAAACCACACGGAGGAGGAGAGUUUUGCCCUGGUCGGAACAGUGAACCUCAACAAUGUAGUGUCGUCCCGUGUAACGAUGGGACAGGUACUCAAACCAGUGGAAACAGUGGAACUACCACCCAAACCAGUGGAGGUACUGGGACGACAACCCAAACUAGUGGAAACAGUGGAACUACCACCCAAACCAGUGGAGGUACUGGGACUAGUACCACUCAAACCAGUGGAGGUACAGGGACUACCACUCAAACCAGUGGAAACAGUGGAACUACCACCCAAACCAGUGGAGGUACUGGGACAAGUACCACUCAAACCAGUGGAGGUACAGGGACUACCACUCAAACCAGUGGAAACAGUGGAACUACCACCCAAACCAGUGGAGGUACAGGGACUACAACCCAAACUAGUGGAAACAGUGGAACUACCACCCAAACCAGUGGAGGUACUGGGACUACCACUCAAACCAGUGGAGGUACAGGGACUACUACUCAAACCAGUGGAAACAGUGGAACUACCACCCAAACCAGUGGAGGUACUGGGACUACCACUCAAACCAGUGGAGGUACAGGGACUUCUACUCAAACCAGUGGAAACAGUGGAACUACCACCCAAACCAGUGGAGGUACUGGGACUACCACUCAAACCAGUGGAGGUACUGGGACUACGACUCAAACCAGUGGUAGCAGUGGAACUACUUCGAAAACUACUGGAACUAUCAACCCAACUGCCACAACUGGUACAAGUACACAGACCUCUUCCACAUCAGGCCAAACCUCAACACAGACGGGAGGAGGAGGGACAACCAGUGAAACCAGUAAAACACACACAAGUACCUCUUCAACGUCAACGCUGCAAUCGAGUGGCUGGACAGGCUCGACCCGACCAAGUACGGGAACCACCUCCACUGAUGGUGGUUCAUCAUCAAGUCAGACAGGUUCAAUAUCUCCAACUGCUUCAACAACAGCGCCUACUGCUUUAGUUUGUUCCAACGCGAACGACUACUACUGCCAGACCGGCUCCGUGUGCGUGCCGCGGAAUCAACUCUGCGACAGCAAACUCGACUGCCCGAAUGGGAACGACGAGAAAGGAUGCUCCGGGUCAGGCAAGGAAGAAGACAUGUUUCACAACAUCGUCCUCCCCAUCCUCGUCACCCUGAUAGUCCUGGUGGUGAUAUGCAUUAUCAUUGUGGUGGUGGCAUGCCUACUGCGGCGGAGAAACCUCAUGAGGGCCCAGGUAAAGCCGGCGCCGGACAAGCUGGCCAAGCCACCUUCCCAAACUCCUUCCUCACGCUCAUCGUUGUCGCCAGGCCCGACCAUGAACGGGGGUCCGCGAACGCCACUCAUACCGCCCAUGUCCACGGAAAGCGCGUUGACUCCCAAGACACCAAGGAAAGACUAUGCACCGUAUAUUAUUCAGUUGCCAAACGGUGAAGUGUAUCAUCCGACGUAGAGGCCGAAAUGGUACUUUUAUAAAGCAUCGAACAUAUCAUCCAUGGCGUAGACUAUGUAUGUUUAGAAAUGGACUCCGGACAAAACGUCUCUGCCAAGGGAGAGAAGAAGUAUGGUUGUGACGUCUUAAUGCGGUAGCUGCUUGCUUGUUUUCAUACCUGCGACUCCUCCAUUCGGUAUGCUCCGAUGUGCCGCCGGAUACGUUUUUCAUGUGUACCGGUUGGCCGAUAUAUGUUCCAACGAAAUCUUCAAGACGAGUCUUUGUGGUGGUGGUUGCGCAAAAUUAUAUAUAUUUUUGUACAUUUUAUACAUAAUGACAAGUGCCUUUGAUAGUUGUGUUAGUCUUCAAAUAAACUUGUGCUUUUGGGACAAUAUCAGUUUCAUCGAGAAAAACUUUACGUCAUCAUAUAUUUAUUUUAGACUUACUGGGAGUCGAUAUCAUGCUGAGCAGCUAGAUCUGGAAACCGCUCGCGAUCAAGCUCUGCCGACACGUGGCCGAAUGUACACUCCGCAUUUUACACAUGUGCGAUAUCUCCCGAUAUCAAGUGAUGUCUCACCAAAUGACGGAGAACAUUAUGAAUUCAUCGUUCAAAUCAACUAGGACAUGGACAGACGUGAGCCCUUUUGCGCAAACCUAUUUUAAGAAAUGACAUGGGUAUACCGAGACUGUGGUGAAGAGGCCAAACAUGGCCGGUCGUCGAAUCAACGCGUGUGCAGCAAAAUAGCUCGUUUUGGCGACAACACGCCGUUCGGGGAUCCUUGCCUGACUGCUCACGUGUCUAGACAUUAUGUAAAUAUGGAUAUCAUUGUAACAUAUACUUGUUAGUAAAUUAUUUUGUAUUUAUGA